CAGCCAACCAUGGAGCCCCCGGUGCAGAUAUUCCGCGGAGACCCGGGUCCCACUUGCCCCCCGAAUGCCUGUCAGCUCCCCAAUAGCAGCGGCUGGUCCCCAGGCUGGGCAGAGUCGGAUGGCAACGGAAACGGCAGCACCGGGCUUGAGGACGCGCCGCUGGAGUCCGCGCAAAUCUCCCCGGUCAUCCCCAUCAUCAUCACGGCUGUCUACUCGGUGGUGUUCGUGGUGGGCUUGGUGGGCAACUCUCUGGUCAUGUUCGUGAUUGUCCGAUACACAAAGAUGAAGACAGCAACCAACAUUUACAUCUUUAACCUCGCUCUGGCAGAUGCUUUAGUGAUGACAACCAUGCCUUUCCAGAGCACAGUCUACCUGAUGAACUCCUGGCCAUUUGGGGAUGUGCUAUGCAAGAUUGUAAUCUCCAUAGACUACUAUAACAUGUUUACCAGCAUCUUCACCUUGACCAUGAUGAGUGUGGACCGCUACAUCGCUGUGUGCCAUCCUGUUAAGGCAUUAGACUUUCGCACGCCCUUAAAGGCAAAGAUCAUCAACAUCUGUAUCUGGCUCCUGUCAUCAUCUGUUGGCAUAUCUGCAAUAGUCCUAGGAGGCACCAAAGUCAGAGAAGAUGUGGAUGUCAUCGAAUGCUCCUUGCAGUUCCCAGAUGACAACUAUUCCUGGUGGGAUCUCUUCAUGAAGAUCUGCGUCUUUGUCUUUGCCUUUGUGAUCCCAGUUCUCAUUAUCAUCGUCUGCUACACUCUGAUGAUCCUACGCCUGAAGAGUGUCCGGCUUCUUUCUGGGUCACGAGAGAAAGAUCGCAACCUUCGCCGGAUCACCAGACUUGUCCUAGUGGUAGUGGCUGUCUUCAUCAUCUGUUGGACUCCCAUUCACAUCUUCAUCUUGGUAGAGGCUCUGGGGAACACCUCCCACAGCACUGCGGCCCUCUCCAGCUACUACUUCUGCAUCGCCUUGGGAUACACCAACAGCAGCCUGAACCCCAUCCUUUAUGCCUUCCUUGAUGAGAAUUUCAAACGGUGUUUCCGGGAUUUCUGCUUUCCCAUUAAGAUGAGGAUGGAGCGCCAGAGCACUAGUCGAGUCAGAAAUACAGUUCAGGAUCCUGCUUAUAUGCAGGAUGUGGGUGGGAUAAAUAAGCCAGUAUGACUAGUCGUGGAGAUGUCCUCUUAUAGUUCUGUCGAAAGGGAAGGAUUCAAUGAUCUAGAUUCAACUCAGAUUAUGACCACAGUC